UAGUUGUCUUUCGUUUGCUCUGUUUUUCAUUCAGGUUUCAACGUUCACCUUUCUGGUUCCCCAUGAUUCUGUUCAAUGGUGAUAAAGCUCUCAACUUUAAAGCUUCCCAAGAAAAUUCCCAGAUGGGUUUGUUCAAAACCCUCUUUUUCUUCACUUUCUGAUGCUUGUAGAGUUCAAAUCAACCCAGAAGCCAAUCAAUCCUCUACCAGUUCUUCUGACUUUGAAACCAAGAUUCGAUUUUUAAAGAAUAAGAUUCACCCAGAAACACUAGUCGGCGUUCUUGAUUCCACAGCUGAUUUGGAUUCUUCAUUGAAGUUAUUCAAAUGGGCUUCCCUUCAAAAAAGGUUUCAUCAUUCUGCUGAUACUUAUUUUCAAAUUAUCUUGAAGCUAGGUAUGGCUGGGAAAGUAGAAGAUAUUGAAGGGUUUUGUAAUGAGAUGGUUAAGGCUAAAUGCCCAAAUUAUGAACAGGUUCUUUUGGCUUUGCUAGAUAUAUUUGUUAGAAAUAGUAGGCUUAGUGAGGCUUUAUGUGUUCUUUCUUGUAUAAAUUUGUGUAGCUUAAAUCCCUCUAUAUCUGUAUUUAAUCAAUUAUUGGGCGCACUUGUCAAGGAAAAGAAAGAAUUUAAGGAUGUAUUGUUCGUAUAUAAAGAGAUUGUGAAAGCUGGAAUUGGUCCCAAUAUCGAUACACUUAAUUAUCUGAUAGAGGCUUUAUUUGCUGCUGAUCGUGCUGAUGCUUCAUUGGACCAAUACAAACGACUUCAUAAGAAAGGUUGUAGUCCUAAUGGAAGGACGUUUCAGAUUAUUAUUGGUGAACUUGUUACAAGGGGUAGAGUGGAUGAGGCACUUGUAAUUUUAGAUGAUAUGUUUAGAAUAAGGUGUGAACCGGAUUAUUCUAGCUUUUACGCUCAUAUAAUUCCUUUAUUUUGUGAUAUGAAUAAAUUAGAUGUAGUAAGGAGGUUGUUUUCUGUGAUGAGAGCAUCUAAAGUUCUUCCGGAUUCACCAACUUAUGGGGCAAUGAUUAAGUGUUUGUGUUGGAAUCUUUUCGUGGAUGAUGCUGUAAAACUUGUAGAUGAGAUGGUGCAUAGUGAUGUUAGGCCAGAUGAUGAUGUGUUCAUGAGUAUAAUAGAUGGGUUAUGUGAAUUGAAUAUGUUGAGUGAAGCUAAGGAGUUUUUGAAUGAAAAAGAAGUUGCAAGUUUAUUGCCUUACAAUGCGCUUCUUGAAGCUAUUCUAAAUGAUGGCACUUUUAAUAUGGCAGGAGAUCUGUUUAAUGAAAUGCUUGAGAGAAACAUCACGGAUCAUCGUUCUUGGAAUAUCAUGAUUCAAUACUUGUGUGAUCAUAGAAGGCUGAAAGAUGCCUUGAAGUAUCUUGCUAGAAUGAUUGUUUCCUCCAUUAGCCUUGAUUCAUCUACAUAUUCUGCUCUCAUCAUUGGCAACUGCAAAUUAGGUGAAUGUGAGGACGCUUUGGCAUUAUUUCAUCAACUCAGGGCCAAAUCUGGGUUAAUAGAUUUUGUAUCAUAUGCGCAACUUAUUGAGUGUCUUUGCCAGAAGGAAAAGAUUCAGGAAGCUGCUGAAGUAUUUUGCUUCAUGUCAACAAAGAGAUGUGCUCUUCAAUCGACAUCAUUUGACAAGCUUAUGGAGGGACUUUGUACUAGUAGGUACACUGUUAGAGCAAUCAAAUUGCUACCAAUUGCAUAUUAUUGUGGUACAUUGUCUUCUCCUGCUGCUUACAACAGCAUAAUGCAAGGGCUAUUCAGUUUAGGAAGAGCGAGUGAUCUCCUUAUAGUGCUCUCGAGAAUGGUCGUGGGUGGUUGUAUGCUGGAUGGGGAAACAUAUUGCAUACUUAUUCGGAGCAUGAUUUCACUUGGACUUAUAGAGAAGUCGGCUCUAUUCUUGAAUUUGAUGCUUAAUCAAGGUCUAUCACCGAAUUCGGGAACACUUUCUAAACUUCUGGAGUAUCUGGUAGAAAACACUCAGGUGCACACGAUAUUUUCUUCAAUAGAUAAGCUUGUCUCAGAGUUUGAAAUUGUUGAUUCAGCCAUGUACAAUAUGCUGAUAAAUGGCCUCUUGAAAGAGGGAUACAAAAACAAGGCCUCUUUCUUAUUGGAUUUAAUGUUGGAGAAGGGCUGGGUUCCUGAUGCUAGUACUCAUGCUUUAUUAGUGGGUUCCAGUGUGGAAGAUGUAACAGAUACUGAAAAGCGUUCACAUGACAAAUUUAUCACACAGGAUAAUGUUGGCAAUAUACUUGCUGAAGGCCUCGGGAAAUUUGAUGGACAUGACUACAGAUUAUAAUACUAUAAUUGGGAACUUGUUCCGGCAAUCAAUUUGGCAGAUGGGUGCAUAACAAUAUAUAUAUGUGGUCUAAAGAAAAUUAUGAUGUCUAAGGGCUUAUCUUGUGGUCUUUGCUCAUCAUCUCUAUUCUCCAAAUCAUCCAUUAGAUACCUGCUUCAAUUUUGAAGGACUCCUCAAUUUUUCAAAGCAUGCAUAGAAUAGGAGGGUGGAAAAAGAUGCCUGCCACAUGUUGGACUUCUAUUGAUAUGAUGCAAAUCUCAUGAAGUCUUGCUCUAACUAAUAGCUGAAGAUCAACAUCCAUUAUGCAGUGACAAUUAAAGCUGGCGUAACAUCCAGUGUUUAGCAUUCCAUCAACAGUGAUUAAUUGUAAUAUACCGUUCUUUCUCUUUUGGCUAGAUCAAUUGUAGCAUCUGCUCUUAUCAGUUCAUUACUAGUGAUGGUGAAUAGAUUUUUUUAGUAAUGGUGGUGGUUGUCCGAGCGAGGUUACACUCUCAUCAAUAAUACACCAGCACAGGUAUACAGGUGUUAGAUAACUCUAUGUAGCUGAAAAUCGAAGCAGCACAUCAUUUUUCAGUUCCUCCUACAUAGCACAGGUAUACAGGUAUACAGGUAUACAGGUGUCACAUGCUCCAUUUAGGGAAGCUCAAUUCAUGUGCUGCUCAGUGCAUUUUUCUGUUGGAAGGAACAAGAUAUCCCCAGCUCUUAACAUUCUCUCAAUAUAUGCUGCUCCCUGCUCAGGGAAGUUCUAGCUCAGUUUGAAGGCAUAAGAAGGAAGAUCAGACCACUGCUUAGCUAGUCACUCAAUCUGUGACCGAAAUAUAGUUAAUGUACCCAUUUCAAUUUUGAGUUGUAAUUUUUUUUUAUAAGCAGUCCUGCAUAGUGAGUUCCGCGGUUACUAGCUUUCUCGUUUUAGCUAUUUCACAAACCACAUCAUGUAUAUAGGGAGAGUUCACACCUUCUGUGCUGUGUACUCAAAACACAAAUAAGUGAAAAAUACUGAGCCUUUUCUGAGGGUUCAAAGAGUAGAUGAUCAAUCCGAAUUGUUGCUCAUUUUGUGACAGUUUAAUGUAAAUUUGUUGUUUUCCGGGUCAAAAUGUG